CUUUCCCAGAAGCCAGAGGACAUGAUUGCAAAUUCACUAUGGCGGAGACUAUUGCUGAACAGAGCAGUGGUGGCAUUUUGGGAGCGGGGACGUCCAGUCUUUUCCAGGGGAGAAGUUUCUGGGUAUCCCAGAAUGUCCCGUCCAGAAGGAGGCUUAUAGAGACGAUCCAGCAACAUGGUGGUCUUAUCACACCAUUAGAGAAGAAUGCAGAUAUCAAAUUGGUCGACCACGUUCGAAAGAAUCUCCCUGCUAACUCCUAUUCUUACAAAUUAGUAGAGGACUCUGUUGCCAGUGGGAAACUGGAGAACUUAGCAGACUAUCAAAUUGGACGCCGCCCACAACGUCCCGUUGGGGCUACCUGGAUCCCCAAAAAGAGCUACAGAAAUGAAUUUACCUUGGAAGAAGAUCAAUUCCUAUGGGAUUACAUGCAAGCAUACGAAACACAGGGCGGCCACCGUGUCCAUGGUAUCAAAGUCUACCAACAGAUAGCUGAGAAGCAUCCCAGGCAUUCCUAUCAAUCUUGGCGAGAUCACUAUCGAAAAAGACUUCGCGGAAAACCUCGUCCCGGUGGUCCUGUUCAAGACGUUACAGUUCACGACAGACUUUCUCCUUCUCCUUCUUUUCACAUAGAUGAACCAAGUAUGCCGCCAAUUCAAAAGAUGCUUGAAGCAUCUCCUGGACCUUCCGCUCCCUCACGUAUAGCAGAAGAUAUGGCCCGACAAGGCGCUGAACCCGCAGCCACUGACAAGCCGGAAAGCAGGAAGAGGAAGCGAGACUCUCACGACGGUGACCCCGCAGAAUUACUCACAUCUCAGCAGAUCCAUACUAGUCCAAAACGGAGAGUAACACGUGCCUCUUCAAGGAGGGAACUCCUUUCUUCAAGUUCACUCCAGCCUCGACUAGAAAUCCCAGAGACACGUCGACAGGUAUCAGAGACCGCAAACCAAGCUACGGAGUUGGAGGACACACAACAGGAACCCCAAGAUACUCAGAAGGACAAAGGCAAGACCAGCGAACUGGAUGACACGUUUAACAUAUUAACGGAACUUCCUUUCUUCCCUUUGAGUCCUGAACCCGAAGAUGAAGAUGAAGGAGAAGAGGAAUCGGAAUCCGAGAAAAAUAUUGACGCAUGGGUCGAUAAGCGCCUUGAAACGGGCAAGGCGAAGAAUGUGGUGCAGGUUAUUGAAGCGUUGCGCUGCACAAGCAUGGAUCCGCACUUGGCAGAUCAGGUUCUGGAGCACUUGGUUGCAGGAAAAGGAAUUCCGCAAAACACGCCUGGAAUAUGGACGCCAGAGGACGACAAAGCCAUGGAAGGAAUAGAGGCGCGGAGCAUCGAACGCGUUUUGGACAAACAUGGACGAGAUUCCUUCAAUGCCAGAUGGGAAUAUCUCAGUCUUGCCAGAGCAGCGGGCCUGGAAACUAACACUGGAGAUUAAUAAAGCGACUAUGACUAUAAUGAUACCAGUUGCCGAAUGCAAUAAAGCGAAGUAAAUACUUAGUGGAGAAAACUGAUACAGAGGAGAGUUUAAGGUUUUCCGUUAACGCCUUCGGUAUGA